CUUCACUGCUUUUAAUUUGUUUCGAUGUCCAAGGUCUAUCACCAAUUUUCAAGCAUCCAGUCAACGGACAUAGCAAUGGAGUACGUAGAGCCUGUUGUCGGCAUUGCAAAUUGUCUUGGAACUCCUGUUUGUAAAUAUUUGCAAUAUCACAGAAAGCUGAACAAUUAUGUGAGAAACUUCAAGAGGAUCAGAGAUGAAUUGAAUUGCAAAAUGGAAGAUAUAAAGCUGCAAUUGAAAGCAGAGCUUCUUAGUCCUCUGGGGAAGAUACCAAAGCAGGGAGUUGAAAAUUGGUUGAAAGCUGUGAAAGAGAUGAUUAGGGAAGCACAAGUUGUUGAAAACAAAGUCAGUAACGGGAGAUAUCUCUGUCGUGCUUGCAACGGGAAGCUGGUUGAUGAAAAGACUCGAGAACUGAAGGAAUUUCUUAAUAACGCUCCUAAUGCCUCUGAAGGUCUUGCCAUGGAUGGUCCAAGUGCUGGGUUGCCACUGCCAACAUCAGAACUAGUUGGAGAAGAAGCUGUCAGAAAUGAGAUUUGGGCAUGUUUGAUGCAGGAGGAGGUGAGCAAGAUUGGGGUUUGGGGAUGGGCGGUGUGGUAA